AUGGAGCUGGGCUGGUGGAUGCAGUUGGGGCUCCCUUUCCUGCAGCUUCUGCUCAUCUCGUCCUUGCCAAGAGAGUACACAGUCAUUAAUGAAGCCUGCCCCGGAGCUGAGUGGAAUAUCAUGUGUCGCGAGUGCUGUGAAUAUGACCAGAUUGAGUGCGUCUGCCCUGGAAAGAAGGAAGUUGUGGGGUAUACCAUCCCUUGCUGCAGGAAUGAGGACAAUGAGUGUGACUCCUGCCUGAUUCACCCAGGUUGCACCAUCUUUGAAAACUGCAAGACGUGCCGAAAUGGCUCAUGGGGUGGCACACUGGAUGACUUCUACGUGAAGGGAUUCUACUGUGCAGAAUGCCGGGCGGGCUGGUACGGAGGAGACUGCAUGCGAUGUGGCCAGGUUCUGCGAGCCUCGAAGGGUCAGAUUUUUUUGGAGAGCUACCCGCUAAAUGCUCACUGCGAAUGGACCAUUCAUGCCAAACCUGGGUUUAACAUCCAGCUAAGAUUUGUCAUGCUCAGCCUGGAGUUUGACUACAUGUGCCAGUACGACUACGUGGAGGUCCGUGACGGGGACAACAGCGAUGGCCAGAUCAUCAAGCGUUUCUGUGGCAACGAGCGGCCAGCUCCCAUCAGGAGCAUGGGCUCCUCGCUUCACAUCCUCUUCCACUCAGAUGGCUCCAAGAAUUUCGAUGGCUUCCAUGCCAUUUUUGAAGAGAUCACAGCAUGUUCCUCGUCCCCUUGUUUCCAUGACAGCACGUGCCUCGUUGACCAAAUGGGAUCUUACAGGUGUGCCUGCCUGGCAGGCUACACCGGGCGGCGCUGUGAAAACCUCAUUGAAGAAAGAAACUGCUCAGACCCUGGGGGUCCAGUCAACGGAUACAAGAAAAUAACGGGCGGCCCUGGGCUCAUCAAUGGGCGCCAUGCAAAAGUUGGCACCGUCUUCUCCUUCUUCUGUAACAGCUCAUAUGUCCUCAGUGGCAAUGAGAACAGAACUUGCCAGCAGAGUGGAGAGUGGUCAGGGAAGCAGCCCAUCUGCAUAAAAGCCUGCCGAGAACCAAAGAUCUCAGACCUGGUGAGACGGAGAGUGCUUCCAAUGCAGGUUCAGUCCAGGCAGACCCCAUUACACCAGCUCUACUCAUCCACCUUCAGCAAGCAGAAACUGCAGGGCAUCCCUACCAAGAAGCCAGCCCUUCCCUUUGGAGACCUGCCCACUGGGUACCAACAUUUGCACACCCAGCUCCAGUAUGAGUGCAUCUCGCCUUUCUACCGCCGCCUGGGCAGCAGCCGGAGAACCUGUCUGAGAACUGGAAAGUGGAGUGGGCGUGCCCCUUCCUGCAUCCCUAUUUGUGGGAAAACGGAGAACAUCACUGCUCCAAAGACCCAGGGGCUGCGCUGGCCCUGGCAGGCGGCCAUCUACCGAAGAGUCAGCGGGUUGCAUGGGGGCAGCCUGCACAAGGAUGAGUGGUUCCUGAUCUGCAGCGGUGCCCUGGUGAAUGAACGGACCGUGGUGGUGGCUGCCCACUGCGUAACUGACCUGGGGAAGGUCACCAUGGUCAAGACAGCAGGCCUCAAAGUUGUACUGGGGAAAUUCUACCGGGAUGACGACCGAGAUGAGAAGACCAUCCAGAGCUUGCGGAUUUCUGCAAUCAUUCUGCACCCCAACUACGACCCCAUCCUGCUGGAUGCUGACAUUGCUGUCCUGAAGCUCCUGGACAAGGCUCGCAUCAGCACCCGCGUCCAGCCCAUCUGCCUCGCGGCCACCCGGGACCUCAGCACCGCCUUCCAGGAGGCCCACCUCACUGUGGCCGGCUGGAACAUCCUGGCAGAUGUGAGGAGCCCCGGCUUCAAGAACGAUGUGCUGCGCUCGGGGGUAUUCAGGGUGGUGGACUCACUGAUGUGUGAAGAGCAACAUGAAGAGCACGGCAUCCCCGUGAGCGUCACGGACAACAUGUUCUGUGCCAGCCGGGACCCCGCCACCCCUUCCGACAUCUGCACGGCAGAGACGGGGGGCAUCGCAGCUGUGUCCUUCCCAGGACAGGUGUCCCCUGAGCCGCGCUGGCAUCUGGUGGGGCUGGUCAGCUGGAGCUACGACAAAACGUGCAGCCAUAGCCUCUACACAGCUUUCACCAAGGUGCUGCCUUUUAAGGACUGGAUCGAGAGAAACAUGAAGUGA